GCAACCAUCUGGUCAGAAUAGCAAAUCUGAAAAAUUUAAAAAAUGGUUUUCACCUCUCAUCCCUAACUCAGGGAAGACCUGACUGAAGUCAUCAGAGAGGUGGGAAGAUGGCUAGAGUGGGAGGAAGUCUGUUUGGACGAAUGAUGUCCUGGGAGGGGAUAGAGGCAUCCCGUUUCUAGAAAUGAAAAUAACCGCCUUUCUCAUCCCCUGUCACCACCCUUGGAGAUAACUUUUGACCUGUAUGAUAUUGGCAAGAGUGCAAACUUUCAUCUCCCCCUUUCUUUCACUCUUAAGUGACUCUCUCCUCCUAACCCUCCACCUCAAACAGCCUUAUGGUUUUCUCAUUUGUAGUCUAGAGUAGAGAACGAGUCAUUGGAUUUCAGGUCUACAAUCUUUUCUAAGUCACACUAGGCCACCAGGACUGAGGCAGACUGAUUGUGAAGAAGGAUUUUUCCAAAGUCCCUGGACCCAUUUCAGGCUGAAGACCUUCAACAGGAGAAAUGUGUUUGGAGAAGAUGGGAUUUCCACACUCCAACUUCCAAAAAGAAAGCAACAUAAUUACCCCCAGGCCUGGAUUUGACCUAGAGUUUGGUUUCCUCCAAAGUGGCCAUUUUCAAGUCAUCCUGCUUUUGAAACCUGGCUCCAAAAAUAAACCCCGAAGGUACUUACAGCUUGCCUAAAAUGAAAAUGACCUAUGUUCCCCACCAAGAACUGAGCCAUUUUGACAGGUUCUCCAAACCUGUGGACAAUGGCCAUACUGCUGGUCGAUGUGAUGGACCAGUGGUAUUCUACCGUAAGAUUUCAAUUUCCAUCUCUUCACUCUUCAUUGUGCUCUCUGUCAUCUGGUGAGAAAAUGGGAAGAGGACCAGUAAGUUCAAGAAGGAUGGAUUUUCAUCAUGCCCUAGACUUCGGGGCCCAUGUCCUCUCAAACCCGAUACAACCCACGACUACUGAGUUCCGGCAUUCAGAACAGGCUGAGGAAAAUACUGAAGAACAUGCACUGGUCCACGUGUUUAAAAUCUACCUGACGGCCAACUACAACUAUGACUUCAAGAGCAGGCCCGUGGACUUCCGCUGGGAUGAGAUCAACAGCAACAACAGCCGCCACCGGGCCCUGACCUGCGUGGCCGCCGCGGCCGGAGUGUGGCUACUCCGCUCGGGCUCGACCCGGCUGGCCAGCCACGGCCGGGUCAGCCGGGCCCCGCUCCUCUGCGGCCUGCACCAGAUCAAGGAGCUGCCGGGCCAGCUGGCCAGCUACAUCUUGGCCCACUCGUUCGGCCGCUGGCUCAUCUACCCGGGGUCCAUGUGCCUGAUGACCAAGGCGCUGCUGCCGCUGCUGCUGCAGGGCCAGGCCCGGCUGGUGGAGCAGUUCCACGGCCGCCGGGCCAAGCUGGAGGCCUGUGAUGGCAACGAGAUAGACACCAUGUUCAUGGACCGGCGCGGGCAUCCGGGCCCGGACGGGAGGGGCCGGCAGCUGGUCAUCUGCUGCGAGGGCAACGCGGGCUUCUACGAAAUGGGCUGCCUGUGGGCCCCGCUGGAGGCCGGAUAUUCGGUCCUCGGCUGGAACCACCCCGGCUUCGCGGGCAGCACCGGGGCGCCCUUCCCCCAGCAGGACGCCAACGCCAUGGACGUGGUCAUCAAGUACGCCCUGCACCGACUGCGCUUCCCCAUCGACCACGUGGUGGUCUACGGCUGGUCCAUCGGCGGCUUCACUGCCACCUGGGCCGCCAUGACCCACCCGGACCUGGGCGCCCUGGUGCUGGACGCCACCUUCGACGACCUGGUCCCGCUGGCCCUGAAGGUCAUGCCCAGCAGCUGGAAGGGGCUGGUGGUGAGGACGGUCCGGCGACACUUCAACCUCAACAUCGCCGACCAGCUGUGCCGGUACCCGGGCCCGGUCCUGCUCAUCCGCCGGACCCAGGAUGACGUGGUUACCACCAAGGCCCCAGGCGGUCCCGGCUCGCCCAGCGAGGUGGAGGGCAAUCGGGGCAACCGGCUGCUUCUGCGACUGCUGCAGCACCGCUACCCCCACGUCAUGGUCCCCGAGUCGGUGGGGGCAGUCAAUCGGUGGCUGGCGGCCGCCAACUUGGCCCACGAAGAGGAAAUGUACAGGCACUACCGAGUGGACGACACCUGGUGCCUGGCCAUCCUGAAGGCCUACAGGGACCGGGCCUGGCCAGACGGUGGCCGCGGCCACUUUCCCUGGAGUGUCGGGGUGACCUUGCCCCCCAAGAAGCGCCGACAGCUUGCCCUGUUCCUGGCCCGCAAGCACCUGAAGAAUGUGGAGGCGACUCACUGUUGUCCCCUGGAGCCGGAAGAGUUCCAGCUGCCCUGGACUCUAGACGCGGGACCAGAGACGGGGGCCGAGGGACAGAGAUAGGGACCAUGGCUGAGAGACCCAGAGAGAGAGAUAAAGAGAGAGAGGCAAGCAGACAGGCAGAGGGAACCAGAGGAGAAGAGCGGGGCUUUCCCUCCUUUCCCAUCGAAACCCGACCCACGGUGGUAGCGGUUUUGCGGGGGGUGGGGUGGGGGGAUCGUUUUCGUGUGCCUAGCCUGUGUCUAGUACGUGUCCCAUUUCCCCACCCACCCCACAACCCCAUACCCAGUUGGGCUUCAGUAAAACUGCCACCAUGAGCACCAGG